AAAAGCUCCUACUGAUUUCUAUUUCCCUGAUCGUCCUGUCAGCAUGUAGCGUCACACACACCCACACACACACACACACACACACACAUAGACACGGCAGUUUACUGGCUUUUACAGAAACUACAGCUGGAUACUGGGGGAUUUACAUAACCACGUAGACUGAUAUUUGGUGUCAAAACAGUCCUGCUGAGCUGGUGAUGUGCUCCGUGUAGACACCUCCUCAACUCGGCGAGCGUCUGCGUCUCAGCUGGGCCUCAAGCAACAUGCAGAGUGACGCUUCACGAGUCCUGGCUGCAAUGUUUCUACUUUACUGGAUUCCACCUUGUGUGUGUCACUCAACACCAGGACGACCCAAACUCACAGGUUGUCGAUCUCCUGAUAAGGAGACCUUCAGCUGCUGGUGGGAGCCUGGCUCAACUGGUGGACUGCCAACUACUCACCGUCUAUUCUACAGAAAAGAGAGAUCUGAAAAGGUCUUUGAAUGUCCAGACUACCACAGCGCAGGGAACUACUCAUGUUUCUUUGACAAAGCCCACACAUCCUUAUGGAUCUUUUAUAAUAUCACAGUCAUGGCCUCUAAUAGCUACGGCAACACCUUUUCUGAGCCAGUAGAAGUGGAUGUCAUGGAUAUUGUCCAGCCUCACUUGCCAGAAAACAUGACUUUGACUCUAAUGGGACUGAAGGACAACCCGUAUUUUCUGGUGAAGUGGGAGGCCCCGCAUGACAUCGACACUCGUUCAGGCUGGGUUACUCUCAAAUAUGAAGUGCGAGUAAAACAGGAGCAUAGGGGCCAGAAGCAAGUCAGUGAUUGGGAGGUGUACAGUGUUGGUAAGCAAAAGGAACUAAGUAUCUUCAGUCCUAAACCUGGAGGAAAUUAUACUAUACAAGUACGCUGUAAACUAGACCAAGGCCUGUGGAGUGAAUGGACUCUUCCAAUGUUCAUCCAAAUGCCAAACAACUCAGUAAAAGAGAAGCCAGUUUUCAUCUUCAUAGCUAUUAUUAGUGCAUUCAUUGCCUUGGUCACUGUUGGAAUAUUAACAGCCAAAAGAAAACAUGUUAAGCAUUUCUUACUGCCCCCUGUUCCAGGACCAAAGAUCAAAGGCUUUGAUAGCCAACUUUUAAAGACAGUAAAGCCAGAAGAUAUAUUCAGUACCUUCAACUUCCAGGGCAUCCUUCCAGCGCCAGAGUGUCCUGACAAGGUGGAGUAUCUAGUGGUGCUUGACAGUGAGGAAGACGGUGAGAAUCCUGGAAGUAAAGAUUGUGAGGAACGACAAGUGACAGACCAGAAUACAUCUGAUCAGAAGACACGGAAUAAGCUUAACAUCACUGAUCACAGUGAUAAAUGGAAAUUACCAGCACACAACUGUCAAGAUUCUGAUCCUGAAUCGCAACACUCAAAUCAUUUCAGCACAUGCAACGUGCUUCAGCAUAAAGCUGACAUUUACCAAAAUGGCCCUUGGGUCAUAUGUCACAAAAACAUGGCGAGGAGCUCUCAGACAAGCUGUACAUGCAGCGUUGAGGAGAAUGAAAUCAGCGUCACUCCUGAUGGACUGAUGAAGUGUGCUGAACAAAAGCAGAGGGCAGACUGUAAGCAGAAGCUCACAAUAGAACAAGCGGAAGACUACAGUAAAGUCAGUGGGAUUUACAGAGAAACUGUCCUUGUGAUUCAAAAAGACAGCAGCCCUGUUCAGAGACACAAAAAGAGGAACAAUGAUUAUCCAAGCAAAAAGAUCAAGACUGAAAUCACUUCCUCAGCUAAAGAUUCCACAGAUACUCAGGAAUACGUGGCUACACUGCAGGAUACGUUUUGAACUGGGAAAUCUGAGAUUAGGCCCACGAUCCAAAUUCAGACUUUUUUGUUACUUAUAUCUCAGAAGUUCCAGCUGGAAUAACUCUGUGAAUGUUUCUGUGCAUUGUUAUUAGUAAUACAAAUAGUACUAAUACUUUGAUCAGUCCUGGCAUAGACAAUGUUUGCUUUAUUACCAACAGACUUUGAAUGAAAAAAUGAUCUAUCCACAUACACACACCGUAUCUACAUCUACAGAUCUAAUAUACCAGCCUAGACCAAAAAAUGUCAGCACAUAAAUAUUAACUGUAGGUUUAAACCUACAGACGACCACUGUGACCAAAUCAGCACUUUGAAAUUGUACCAGUUUAAAACACUAAUUUAACAGCUACAUAUUUAGUGAUAGUCCCAAAUACCAAGUAUGGCAACAGUAGCAAAUCUGCUCAUGUUUUGCACAGUAAGUGGAGUAAUUUUAUUAGCUCUCUUAUCAAUUGUGUCAACCAUUAUUAAUUAUGCCUCAAAUCUGAUUGGUCAGAAGGUGUUGAUUAAGUUUCUAAAACAGCAGUUCUGACAAUAGUAGGACCAGCUGUAAUUCAAAUCACAGGUUUAUAUUAAUGUGUUUGUUCUAAUGCAUUAUCUUUUCUUUAGUAACAGAGAAUUCACAAGAACACCACACCAUCUCAGACUCCAUCAUUCAUUCUCUGUACCACUUAUCCUACACAGGGUCGUGGGGUAACCUAGAGCCUAUCCCAGGGGACGCGGGGUACAAGGUGGGGGGACACCCCGAAACCCAUCGCAGGGCACAGUCACACACAUACUACGGACAAUAUAGAGAUGUCAACCAGCCUACAACACGUCUUUGCACUGGGGGAGGAAACCGGAGUACCCGGUGGAAAACCCAGAAGCACGGGGAGAACAUGCAAACUCCACACACACAGGGCGGAGGCGGGGUUUGAACCCCCAACCCCAGGGGGUGCGAGUCAAAUAUAAAUGUCUAAUUGUUGAUUUGAGGGAGGAGACAAUUAUUUAACAUUUAUGGAAGGACUGUCCAGUGUCAGUGCUUUGUAACUGCACUUUUUGGUUUUUCAGCAACAUAACAAGCAGAGUAUUUUUUUUUUUUUUUUGCAUUAUUAACAUCAAGAGAAAAUAAAAGCGAAGCUGGGGAGGGAAUGACUGUUUAUAGCUGCUGUAACAUAAGUGAUAACAGGAACUAAAUUGUCUUGCAGACUUUCCACAACAUUAAAUGUAAUUAUUUACUGAUAAAACAUAUGUCAUGUUGUUAAUUAAUAAUUCAGUUGUAAACAUUGGAAAACUGCUGUGAUUUAAAAGGAAAAACACUUCAGGCAUACCCAUUGUGGUUUAUUCCUUAAUUCCUCACUGAGGAGUGUUGUGAGUUUGCUUUGUGAGUUUGCUUUUUUAUUCCAUCAGCUACUUAAUACUCAUGUUUCCUCUCUCUGGUAGCUUUACGCUUCUAUCCCCAGGGUGUUUACCCAAAAUAGCUACACAUGCCUGACUAAUUUUGCCUUUAAGUGCAAACACAUAAUAAAUCCAUGAAAAUGCAUAGGCUUAAAUUUUGUAGUAUGGUCUUCACUACCAUGAAACAAUAAACGUUUUGCAGAGAAAUAAGAGUACAACAUUCUUCCAGCCAAUGAAUUAUUGCCACCCCUGGUAAUACAGUGCACCAGCAUAAUAUAUCCAUUACCUGUAUUAAUAAGCAGCCAUGAUGUUGUUCAAGCUUUGCUUGUUAUA